CGUACAAUAUGCUGCGGAUGAGUUACAAGGAUGGUAGGGUACGGUACAUCUGCGACGAUCGACGAUUAACACUUGACUCAGUACUACCCGACCACAGGACUAUUAAAAUUUGACCCUGCCACUUGCCAGCGAUUGAAUGUUGUCCAUAGACAAAAUAUAAACCUAACCUAUGUUGUUGUCGGGGUGCUGGCCUGCCGCUGUUUAUCGAAACAGUCGUCUUUUCGGAACCGUAUAUGUAGCAUUCUCGCGUUAGUCAUUCUCUGAGCCACACGCCCACAACAAAAGACCGAUAUCACAUAAUAUUAUUAUUUAUUAUUAUAUACAAUAAAUACAAGUCACAGCCGUCUUAUUUGUAUACGAUGUCGGAAGAAAUCAACAUUGGUGUUGGGAAGGGAAUAUCUUUACCCGAGCUGCCUUCAUCGGAUAUGAAAUUUCGCACAAACGGAUUUAGAUUAGGGUUAGAACCAGAAAUGAUUAUGCACUCGAAACUAGUAGAUGGUAGAAAUUACCUUUUAAUGAAGUGGAAGGACGUUGAAGAACCAUCUUAUGUCAAGGCUUCUGUUGCAAAUAAAAAAUGCCCAAGUCUUGUUAUUGAUUUUUAUCAAAAACACCUUACAUGGUCCAAUCUUUAAUACCUAGGUAAAUACUAAAUUAAUUCAACUUUGAAACCGUAGGUUAUUUUAGUUUGUCUUGUCUAUUUUUUUUUUAGUGAAGUAGUUACUUUUAUAGUUAGUACUCCUCUUAUAAUUUAAAAUUCUUAUUUGAAUUUUGUAAUCCUAUAUUCGUGUAUAAAUGUUGUAUUAUACAUAUUUUUAUCACUAUUUCACUAUCCUAACCGAAUUUAUGGUAUUUACCAAAAAUACGGUAUUUACCGGAGACCGGUGAGUCAAUAUUAUUCAAAAAAUUUAUUUUAACUAUUUUUUUAUUAUUAAUUUAUUUUCUUAUUUAUGUGGACUGCAAAUUGUAAAAAUACCAAAAAUUAUGUAAAAUAUUGUUAUUUAUAAUUUUUUAAAAUUAAUAAUUGUAACAAAUAAUAAAAGUGGUAAGUUAUUUUUGAUGUAUUAAACAAACAGCAAUUCAAUUUUUUGGGAAAGCUAAUAUUGAGCGUCGGGGCCUAUUAAAAAUUGCUUCAAGACCAGAAGCCCAAUUAUGAGCCAGGCCGACACUGCAGGGUAAGCUAAGUUACCGUAGGCGUGGCGUAUACGGGAUACCUAAAUAAAACAACAAUUGUUUGGAAGGAAUAACAUUGUAUACUUGUAUUAUGUAUAAAAAAUAAAAAUGUUUUUAUAUA